CGACCUCGGAAGUUCUAGAGCAAUUUCUGUGCUCUUUACUCGUAUGAUCCUAUCAUGAACAUGCGCACCCGCCUGUGUAAAACAAAAGUAGAGACCGUAGCCACUGGCCUGGCAAGCAAUUGAACAUCCGGACCUCAGGCGAGCCACCGCGGGCUUCAGCCAUGAGCUGGUGCUGCGGCUGCUUGUUCAGCGUGUACAUGCUGGCCAUCGCCAACGCGGUGUGCAUCGGCGGCACGGGAUUCCUAAUCUACUCGCUCGUCCGGCUCACGCGGACGCCGCACAGCGCCGGCGGCAUCGUCACGCUCUCCAUCUUCCUCGUCUUCUGGGUUUGCAUCAGCGCCAGCAUCUACCUUCCAUUCUGCGCCAUGUUCUUCCCAUGGUCCGAGAUCGGGGAGUGCGUGGCCGCCCUCCUCCGCGCGCUCCUGUCGUGCCUGCGCGGCGUCGGCUGGCUGCUCUGCCUGCCGUGCCGGUGCGCGCGAGCCCGUCUACGGCGCCCGGGCGGAGGCGCUAGUGCCUUGCCGGAAUUCGUGCCACAAAGUCAAAGUCAUCAUGUAAUGAACAUGCUUCCCCGGGAGCCGCCGGCGCGCAGCGGUGCGCGGGUGGCCGCCGCCGUCGACAUCCCGGUGUACGAACAGCCGGACGCCGCGGGGCCUGACGGCGGGUCGGACUGCGCGGUGUGCCUGGGCGAGGUGGAGAAGGGGCAGAUGGUGAAGCGGUUGCCGGCGUGCCUGCACAUGUUCCACCAGCAGUGCAUCGACCAGUGGUUGCACGACCACUUGACGUGCCCGGUCUGCCGGUGCAACGUCUUCGCGUCCCUGCCGGCGGAAAUGGUGUAAAAUCUUACUCUACUUUUGUUUCUUGAUAGUUCACUUGACUGUGAAUUAAGUGUAAAUAGGUGAUAUCAGAGUGCCGUCUUGUUUCGUCAGAAUUCUGAAGCAUGUUUGAUUUUACUGGGAUCAUGAAAUAUACAG